CCGCAACCAACAUCUCGCCAACGGCGACGCGAUACGCUUCAAAGAUGCCCCAGUCAAAAGCGACAAAGAAAUUCGAGAAGAAUCGCCUUGGUGAUGUUCUCAAACGCCGAAAAGAAUUCAAGAAAAUCAAACAACGUGAACAGAAGAAUGCCAAAAGGAAGGAGAGAGCUCGAGAGGACGGAGAAACAGAUGGCAACGACGCCGAGAAGAAGCGCAGCAAACCUAAUGACGAUGCGCUUAACUCUAUGAGUGUGGACGACUUCUUCGCUGGAGGUUUCGAAAUACCACAAGACCCGAAGAAUCGCAAACGAAAACGUACAAUGCCACCGGAGGAUGAGUCAGUGUCUACCAAGAACCAUGAAGAUACCGAGAGAGUGGAAGUUCCAGUCGACACCGAGUCAGAUUCGGACGACGGCUUGACUCACCAAGAGCAGCUUUCAAUGCUUGCCAAGAAUCAACCAGAGUUUUUCAAGAAUUUGCAAGACGAGGCGCCCAAGUUGCUUGACUUUGAUGAGGACGCGGAAAUGGAUGGUCUUGUCUUCAGCGACAGUGAAGCAGACGAUAGUGGCAACCAGACGAAGAAGAAAUCGGCAUUAAAGAAGGCCGAGGAAGACUCAAGCGAGGACGAAGAUAAGGAGAUGGCAAAAGAGGUCAAAAUACCUCAGGUGAAACAGUGGACCAAGUCUAUGUUAGAGUCAAAUUCGUUGCGAACUGCAAGAGAGGUCGUUACUGCGUUUAGGGCUGCUACACGUAUAGACGAUGAAGAUUCUGGAAAAUUCAAAUACACCAUAUCGGAUUCUGAAGCAUACCAUGCGCUUAUCAUGACGGCUCUUAAAAAUAUACCAACGCUACUUCAACAUCAAGUACCAUACAAGGAGAGGUCCGAUGGUAGAAUUCAAUUAUCAACGGAGUCGAAGAAGUUCAAGACAGUCUCGCCUAUCAUAAAGACUUUUGUCAACUCGAUUCAACAGCUUCUGGAAGACUUAUCUGAUGAUGCUACCCUCAGAGUCACCCUCACAGCUGUGCAAAAUGUCGCGCCGUAUACCCUGACACACAAGAAGCUAGUCAAGGAUCUCGUAAAAUCUAUUGUCGAAAUUUGGUCUGAUGCUUCUAACAGCGAGGCUGCGCGCAUUGCAGCGUUCCUAGUCCUACGAAAGUACACUGUAAUCGGCGAUACAGGCAUUCGGGAGUCUGUCCUUCGCGCAACCUACCAGGGUCUCGUCAAAGGCAGUCGUAACACCACGAUACACACCAUACAGGGUGUCAACCUGAUGAAGAAUUCUGCCGCUGAGCUCUGGGGAAUAGACGCCGGGGUGGGCUACACUACAGGUUUUACCUUCAUUCGACAGCUUGCGAUACACCUUCGCUCUAGUAUCACCAAAAAGGAGAACGAGUCGUACAAGAAAGUCUAUAACUGGCAAUACGUUCACUCUUUGGACUUCUGGUCACGUGUCAUAUCCCUAUUCUGCGACAACCUGCGCGAGGCUAUGUCUGGGAAAGAGUCUCCCCUACGGCCCCUGAUAUAUCCUGUCGUGCAAGUCACGCUUGGUGCCCUUAGAUUGAUCCCAACAUCGCAAUAUUUCCCCCUUCGCUUUCAACUCAUACGAUCCUUGUUGCGUAUCACUCGCACAACGGGAACAUACAUCCCCCUCGCUGCUUCAUUAUACGAGGUCCUGAACAGCGCAGAGAUGCGAAAGGCUCCGAAGCCUAGUACGCUCAAAGCACUGGAUUUCAGCAUAAAUAUACGUACCCCGGCGUCGUAUCUGAGGACCCGCAUUUACCAGGAGGGUGUCGGCGAGCAAGUAGUGGAACUCUUCUCCGAAUUUCUCGUGCAAUGGGCGAGGUCCAUCGCCUUUCCGGAAUUAGCCUUGCCAGUUAUAGUCAUGUUGAAGCGCUGGCUGAAAGAGACGGGCUCUAAAGCUAGUGGUAAUAAGAACGGUAAGGUCAAUGGGGGAAUUUCGUUACUUGUACAAAAGCUUGAAGCAAACUCAAAAUGGAUUGAGGAGAAGCGAGCAAAGGUCGAAUUUGCGCCUGAAAAUCGUGCUGGAGUUGACGGAUUCUUGAAAGAGUGCGAGUUCGAUAAGAGUCCCUUGGGCGCUUACGUUGUGACACAGAGGAAACAAAGGGAAGAGAAGCAAAAGAUAAUCGAGCAAGCACGAAGAGAUGCAGAAAACGAUAGGAAGGCGAAGACGAAUAUGGAGGAUCAAGAAGAAGCUGACGGUGUCGAGAUCAAUGGUGACGACGACAGUGAUGAAGAGGUGGCUGAGCAGGGAAAGAAUAGUGAUGAGGAUGAUUGAAACUGAGACACUAGGACGAAAGUGUGGACGGUCCUUCCAUGCCCUAUUCGAUUACACAGAUGGCACAGGCCAGAUUCUGUGGAAGUUGAAGCUACAAAUAGAACAAUACUUUCUCUAGCCCUCAGGCCGUUACUUGUAGACGCAAAAGACCAGUACUUUGAGC